AAACAAUCCUCAUAACUCGGGUUCAGGACCCGAAAUUUUGCGCAUGCGCAUAGUACGUUUAAAAACGUCGCAACCCCUCUCAGAAACACACGCUCUCCGGACCAUUUUCACGCAUGCCCAAAACAAAGAUGGAGGCGUCUGACCAUGAUUACAGUUACCCUCUCGCCAAUGCUGAGGCUGAACACCAACAACUCCAUAUAACAGUUCAGACGGGGCGUUCACUGCCGUCUAUGAAAAAGUGUCACUGCUGUCCAUCUCCACAGUAUCAUUGUCCGUUUUGCGGGCCAGGAUUUUUUAAGCCCACUAAACUGUCAAAGGUCAAGAUCCACAUGGACGGUCAUUUUAAUAAAGCAGUUUCCUAUCUAGAUUACACCAUUCAUAGAUGUGGACUCGGUUGCAGGAAACGGCAACACUUUCACUGCUUGUACUGCACGGCUACCGUACUCAGGAAAAGAGACCUUAAAGUCCAUCUUUCAUUCUGCCACAUGAAACACACCCGAACACCGUCUGUUCAGACCUCAGACUCUCCAGCGCCGGCACAAGACCCAAACCCCACACGGUCUGCCUGGGACUCAAAACCUACACGGUCUACCCACAUCCCAAAUCCUACAAAACUUGCUUACUGUGCAAAGUUAGAGGAAGUACUGCCUUCAUGGCUUAACAACACUCUCCUCAUUCUCCGGGACCCUGUAGUUCACACACGCUCAGAGAAACCCUCCGAGCUCCAGCCUCUUCCCUCUCCGGGCCUUGUUGGUAUGAAAGAGGAUAAAAUAAAGAUGUCCAAAGACCAUGACUAUGGUUCCAACCUUGCUGAGGCUGAACCAAAGGAGAACAAGCUCCAUAUAACAAUUCAGACGGGGCGUUCACUGCCCUUUGUGAAAAAGUGUCGCUGCUGCCCAUCUCCACAGUAUCACUGUCCGUUUUGUGGUCUAGAAUUUUUUAAACCCACAAAACUGUCAAAGCUCAAAAUUCAUUUGAGUGGACAUAUUAAAAAAGCAAUUCCCCAUGGAGAUUACACCAUUCAUAGAUGUGGACUCAGUUGCAGGAAACAGCAACACUUUCAUUGUUUGUAUUGUACGGCUACGGUGCUCAGAAAAAGAGACCUGAAAGUCCAUCUUUCAUGCCACAUAAAACAUACAAGAACUCCUCCAGCUUCUGACCAGAGCUCAGACUCUUCUUUUGAGAUGCCUACCCAAACCCUGGCCCCUACAUCCUCUGCCCAGACACCAAGUCCUGUAACAUCUGUCCUGAGCCCAAACCCAACAUCACUUCCCCACAGCCCCAAAAAACGAGCUUGCAGCACUAAGUUAGAGGAAGUACUGCCUUUAAGACCAAACAAAAUUGACCCGUAUAGCCUCCCUCAGAACCCUCUAGUUCAAACGUGUGUCAAACAACUUUCUGUGGUAAAACCUCGCUGCUUUCCAGAUUGUGGUGGGACACAAUCUAGAGGCUCAGGACCAUCUAUGAUGGUUUCAACAUUGGUGAGCAAUCAUUGAGGAAAGCAAAAUCACACCAUUUGUAGAUGUAGACUCAGUUGCAUGAAACAGCAACUGUACGGCUACGGUACUCAGGAAAAGAGACCUAAAUGUCCAUCUUUCAUUCUGCCACAUGAAACACACAAGAACUCUGUCGGAUCGGAGCCCAAGCUCUUUUUCUUCAUCCAAGGAAUUAAGUUUUGAGACUCUUGAAGACCAUAUCCCAGAUCCAUUUCCAGACCUCACGCCAUAUGUGACUCAGAGCAGAUGCUCUCUACAUAUUUUGAUAUUCACAUUAUGAUCAAAUUGUGACAUUCUGUUAAUUCAAUGCAGAUUUUCAAAAAUAAAUGUGCCUUUUAUUCACACAACAGCAACUUUAUGUUAUGUUAAGAUAUAACAGAUGUAUCUUAGGUUGGCAUCACAAUCACCUAAGACAUAGAUAUUUGAAUGCAUACUUGUUAAACCAAGUCCAGUGUGUAUGUAUGUUUGUAUUAUUGGUAUUACAUUAUAAUAAAUUUAUUACAUAGUCAUUAAAACACCGUUAUGUUAUGCACAUUUUGUGAAAGUAAAAAAUAGGAGUACCAAGUAACUGAUCUAAACAUCAACAUUUAUUUUAAAAAUUGCAUCAUCACAUGGACCAAAACAUGAAGUUAUGUGGAAAUGUUGCUGUUCUAAAGAUCAAAAUGAAAAUAAUUCAUAGAAAUAAU